UUUACACCAGGAUGGAUAUAGAAAAGUUCGCGAGUUGUGUUUAUGAUGGACUUUAAAUCCUUUUGUAUGUUGUUCCUCGUAAGUUUGGUGAUUGCCAGUUGUUUCUGUCAAAGCAAUGGGUUGAGCAGCUUGGGUACCACAGGAAAAUGUGAACCAAGGGAUUGUUCCGAACAGGGACGUUUCCCUGGAGAUCAUUCAUUUCCGUGUUUGAUCGGGCACAAGAAUGAAUGUGACAGGUUUAAUGUACAGCCUGCUAGAAAGCCAACAAGGCAUAUUGUCCCACCAAGAAUUGCUGCAGUGAAUGUAUAUCAGAGAUAUUAUCCUAAAUACAACAAAUCCUUUCCUGUCCUGAAUGUGACGUUGAUUUUGCCAAACGAUGUCUACAGUUUAAAUAGGACCAAAGCUGUUAAACUUUCCAUUUUGGACGUAUCCCGGUCCGACUACAACUACUGCAGACUCUUUGAUUUUAGAAAUGCAACCUUCACUGAAAAGGAUGCCGCUCAUCCGAGGCUGCUGCGAUAUCCAUGUUUUACUGGCCUAGAUGAAGAGUAUGCAGGAACCUUUCGUCUGUCAGUUGUAGCUCUGCCUGAUAAAUAUGAAGUGGAGUAUUAUGCAACAGUUCAAACUUUAACUGGGAAAUGGAAAAGGUCUCUGUUGGUUUGGCAACCAGUUGGGAAAAAAGAACUCCAAGUGAUGUUUGAGCGACAAGAAAAUAUCAGGGAAUAUAGGCUUACUCUCUACAGUUAUAACAAAAGCGAUACUUUUUGUGGGAAUCGUGAAUCAUCUAGAAAAGUUCAAACAAAAUUUGCUCAGAAUGGCUCAAACACAGGUGCAUUCAAGGCAGAAGAUAACCCCAAAUACAUGUAUUUUAUAACAAUCACCCCUCUAAACUGUGACCCACCUUGUGAUACUUUGACAUCAUAUUGCCUGUCUCUGAAGGGUAUUUCAGAUAAUCUACAAGUUGGAAAGAUUAAUUCUGAAGAGGUAAACACUGAACCAGUACUUCCAGACUCACCCAAGAUUACACGUAUAGGACCAGGGAAUGACCAAGCCACUAAGACAGUUUUGGGAGUGAUAUGCGGUGUGGUUGGAGGUGGACUUCUGGUUGUCUUAAUAAUUUACCUUUAUGGUAAGAAAGGCAAAUAUUUUUUCAUUUCACCCGCAGAGCCUGGAAGAGGUGUUAAACAGGAAACCACGGUGCUGCUUUUGUAUUCCUUUGAUUGUACACAGCACAAGAACGUUGUGGAAAGACUGGCCUUUAUGCUGAGGCAGACGUUUGACUUCAUUGUUCAUUUUGACCUGUUUGAGUUGCAACAGAUUGACCAGAUUAGUCUUCUGAUUUGGCUGCAGGAGAAGAUAGACAUGUCAGACUUCAUCAUCUUUGUGUGCUCUACAGGAGGAAGGGUGCAGUGCAACCCCAGCAUCAAGCGAUUGCAGCUGAAUGAAAAUCAUCCUGUUGAGAAUUACUUUUGCACAGCUGUUGAAAAAGUGACAAAUAUUUGGCGAGAGUUCAAGGUACCACAAGAGAAUAUCGCUGUGGUAACCAUGAGCUACUCCAACAAUGGAGAUAUUCCAGCAAAACUGGAUCGUUUUCAUAGGUUCAGAAUUAAACAUCGCAAGGACCUGGCUCCACUUUACUGCUAUCUGAAGCAUACUGAUAAAAUGCCCCAGGACUUGCAGUUCUCCGAUGAUGUUGAGGCUUUCUUUUCUGCACUGCAGGAGGCCAAUACAUAUUUUGAAAAAAAUCCUGAGUGGAUUUAUAAGCUUCUUGACAAAAGUUAUGUAGACAAUAAAACACCUGCGCCGUCAUCAAAACGUAGCAAGAAGGCUGCAGCAGGCCCCAGACUAAACAAUGCUGAUGUUGAUCAGCACUGUAUCCAGUCAGACUGGUGCCUGCAUCAUGAUAACAAGAUAAUAAGCAAUCAGUGGAGUAGCCAACCCAAUUCCAUCCACUCCUCAGAGAGUUCGUGUAGGUAUAACAUGAUCUCCUCCCGUAGCCAUGAGUGUUUGAGCAAAAAGUCCAUGGUGGAGGACCUAGAGGCAGGUGCGUGUCUUCUUAGCAGUUCACGUUUGCGCCAAGGCGAAUUCACGGAUUCAGAUGACUCUGACGGGGAGGAGACACCGUCCAAGAACAUCCCCACAUCGGUGGAUUUCCACUUUGAGGUCCGUGAUUCUUGCAGUGAUUCUCCUGGAACUCAAGAGUACACAAGUGACUCGGAUAGUUCAGACUUGCUCAAGAAUGUGGAAAACAUUCAUCAUGGGCCAAACACAGAGAAAAUACGAAAAAUUGUAAGCCCUUCUUAUAACUAUACACCUCGCCCACCCAUAUGCCCCUGGCAAUCUAGGGAUAAUCAUAUCAGUUCUAUACCAAUGGUUUUGCGAUCACCUAUGGAGAUACAUUAUUGUGAUCCAGAUAAUGCAUCUGUUUACCUAGACAUGCAAAUGUCUGAUCAUCAGUGUUGACAUCUGUGAUGAAUUCUGAUAUGAAAGGCAUUAAUAUGUUGGAAAUAUGAAUAAUGUUUAAAUUAUUUUUGUGCAACUGAGCUUUUUAAUUGUUUUCCAGUUUUAUUGAUAAUCUUAAAUGAAGAAACAAUGUUUCAUGAAUACUGUUUUGAUGUUGUUUGUCUGAAAUCUUUUGACUGGCAUGUAUACAUGUUUUGAUUACAGUGUGGCCUCACUAUAACACGCCUCGAUAUAGCGCGCAAUCGGAUAUAACGUGACCCAAAUCUUAUCCCCCAAAAAUCUGUGGUGCACUUUCAUGUGAGAACAGCUAAAACAGUAAAUAUACGUAAAUCUGUAUCAUGCACAGACCUCUGUAGAUCAGCUCAGGCCUGUGAUUACGCGAUAUGAGGCUAGCAUCGGGGGAUAUGACUCUUAGAAUGUUGCUAAAAUGCUUGAAUCAUCAGGUAACAAAAAAUCUCAUGCCUUUAUAGUAACCAUUAAUAUAACUUUGUUCAGUAUCAAAAUCAUGACCUGUAAGAUAGAGUGUAGCCAGAUAUACUGUGGCAUUAUAUACUGGAUCCCAGGGUCAUUUCAUUAUAGAGCAAGGUAGCCAAUAAUGCGCUCAGGAACCUGUCCCCAAAGCGGCGCCCCUUAGCGAGGCUAUACUGUUUGUUCAAGGUAUGUUGAUCCGUAUGCUUGAAAUUUCAGUGAACGUCUGUAUUUACAAUGAAAAUCAUUUGAGUACAAUAAUGGAUUAUUGUAAGUCAUUUAAGAAUUGUUUGAUUUGAUUCGAUUCAUUUACAGAUGGAGAAAACAUAAAAAUUACAUGUUCAGGUGAAAGAGUGUGAAAACUUUGUUGUAAAUGUGGUAUUUGAUUUCUUUUAAGAUUUUGUUUUACUUUUCUUUAAAAGAGAAAAAGACACUUGAAAAUAAUUUUUGUAUGGUGGGUAUUUGGCACCAACAUUUGAUAUAUACAUAAUAAUGGUAUAAAUGAUGACAUGACUCAUGUUAAUUAAAUAUAUAUGCACUAGAAUUUGUCUUUUCAGUUACCAAAUCAAAUGUGUUCAACCUGGAUUUUGGUCAUAUUUAUAUUUUUGAUAUAUUCAUGAAAUAUUAUCAUAAAUCAGGCUAAAUGCAUAUGUUUGGAUAUAAACGACAAAUUUACAUUCAAAUAUAUUUAUUAGAUGUCACAAUCUUAUUUAGAACAUUAUCAUGCAAGGGCGAUAAAUGCCAAAAAUAUAAAUGCUCCCAAAUACCCACCAUAUUAAAAAAAUGUUUCAGAUGCCCUUUUUUUCUUAGUUUCAAUUACAUUUUGGUACAUUUUGACACGCUUUUAUCUGAUGUUGGCUUCAUGUUUAUGUUUUCUUCUCCUUUAAGUUUGAAAUAUUCAUGAUUUUGGCACUUUAGGCAGAGUAACUAACAUGACUAAGGUGACUUGCAGGAUUCUUGAAAGCAAUACUGCAGAGUUCCUUGAAAUCUUUGAAAGUACUCGAUUUUUUUGAAAAGGAUUUCAUGACCUUGAAAAUACUUAAUAAGAAGAUCCGUUUGAGACAAAGUCCUUGAAAGUAAUGUUAGGUAUUUUUUCAUAUUAUGUUCGGAAUGGACCAUUAAAUAAGCUACCAAAAUAGUCCUUUCCAGAAAGAUCUGGGCAAGUGUUACAGAACAUUGAAAGGCAAUGAAGAAAACUUUUUUCCAUGAAUGGGGAGUGGUGGUAAUACCGACCUGAUUGUAAUGUCUGGCGGCAUUUAUUAUUCUGCACUUUGUUAAUUUUAAUUUUCAUGUAGCAGCAUCUCAGCUGUCAAAGUAACAGUGCUAGGCCUAUCUUUUACCAGAUUGUAAAUACUGUACAUUUUCAGUGGUUGAUUCUUUAAAAUGAUCAAUACUAUAUGUAUUAAGGAAUGCACAGAAUUAAUUUUCAUCCUUUGGUAUUUGAUUUUUUAUAGAUAUUCAUAUUGCUUCAGAGAAAUUUUUGCAGUUGUGUUAUGUGAAUUUCUAGUACCACACAAUGGAAUCAAAGGAGAAGCAAAUAGAAGGGUAGUGCUUAAUGGCAUGAUUAACUCACAUUACUUAUGCAUGUAUAUUCACAUAGUUCUCUGUUCUUUGAUACUGUCCAUAUGGUUCCAGCUCAAAACACAGUCACUAACGACAACCAAGCUCAAUGAUUGUACCCACUCUGUUUGGAAAUGUUUUUGUUGUAUUAUUUUUUUUAUUAUUACAGGAUCAGCUUGUAUGAUUUUUUUUUUAUUAUGGUUUAGUUGACUUGAAUAUAUUUUGCAAUCAGUAUAUUAUGGCUCUGCACAAGUCAUUUAAUGGUUUUAUGCUCUUGCAAGUAUUGUUUUCAGACUGCAUUAGAUGCAGCCUUGUCAGACACAUUGUAUAUUUGACAUAUCAACAAUGAAUGUUCAUGUUAUAUAUGUUUAUGCAUAUAAAGAGAAAAGAAUAUUUUUCGCUAGCUCUUAGUUCAAUAUACAAGUUUUUUUUAAACUAGCUGCAGACAGUAAUUAAUGAGUAUGCAGACUUUUGAAGGAUAUAAACUUAUCAGUAUUUGCUAUGAUACUAAAGUAGUGAUAUAUUUUACAGGUAUAUGUAUGUUUAAUACCAGUUGCUAAUCUUCAGAUGGUACAUUGUAUCAAGAUGCUGGCUCGUAUUUUCAUAAAACUGACAAGAUCUAAGUUUACUGGCUACAUAUGAUAAUGUACAUGAUGUACUUCUAAAGUUCUUAACCCACUAAUAAUCAUAUCAAUGUAGUAUGUCAAUUUCAGGUGAGAAUUUCCCUAGAGGAGGUUUGACUAUGCAUAAAUGUACAAGUUAAUGUGAAAAGUUUAUUGUGUAGUUCAUGUAUGUAUAUACUCAGUAUUUUUUACUGCUAUAAUUUGUAAGUAUACAUAUUUGUAUAAUCAUAUAUUAAUCAUAUGUAGAUAACUGGUUGUGUGACAGUAAGUUGUGCUUUACUUUGAAAGAAAAAGUGAAAAAUAGGCUUUGACUUCUAACUUCACUUGUAAACCCCCAAAAUAACAUCAAUUAUUUUAUUGUGGUUUUUUGAGGGGGGAGGCGGGGGGUGGAUUGUUGUUUGCACAUGCAUUUGAUAUGAAACAAAAUCAGCAAUGAACAGAAGAUAUUGGAUUGGCAUAUUAUAAGUUAAAUUACCCAAGCUAUGCAUCUGUGCAUUAUAAAUUCUUAUUCAAGUUAUUGUGUUAGUGGGUUGAUUGAUUUGUGCUCUCUUACAUAUUUAAAGUAGCAUAUGAGUUUGGUUGAGUUAUAUUCAGCAAAUUUCUUUUACACCUUUACCAAACAUUCUGAGUUGUAGGUAUCUUGAUCUUAAUUUGGCUGGUACAUAGCCUAUAGAUGCUUACUAUUAGGGUAAGCUCUGAAGCGCCUCACAGUCGGGAGUGGUUACCUUGUUGGAAAACCUCAAAAUAACAACUUAGUACUUGGGGAGUCUACAUAAGUUUGGGUAAACACUUUUUACCAUGAAUAAACUCCCAAUGACCAACGAAAUAGUACAGAUGAGAGCUGCCUUUUUAAAGUUUUCCAAUGGCGCAGUUUUAGAUUAGAAUAGAUUUGUGUAGCCUACUUUGUAGUAACUUAUGUAUAACCAGUGCUGGAAUUUUGGGAGGAUUUUUUUCAUAUACAGAAAUUAUAUAAAAAUGUAAUUAAAAAGCCCUGGA